CAUUACUCAUAAUGGGUGGGAACUCAACGGUCGACUUCUCUUGCCCUAAUUGACACAGUACAGGAGUCCCCCAAUUUCAAAUUUCUCCUUUUCUCUCUCCCUCCCUCUCACACACACUGCUCCCCAGACUUCAAGAAGGGAGGGCUAAAAUCCUAGCAAUCGAAACCUUUUGAUUCUGCAGUAAAAAUGGUGGCAAAGAUAUCAGAAUAUGAAGAAAGUCGCCGAAAGAGAAUGGAAGAGAACAAGAAAAGAAUGGAAGCCCUCAAUCUCCACAAGCUUUCUCAAGCUCUUAAAAUUUCCACCCCUACCAAAUCCUCUCCGAUGAAACGCUCAAAACCUCGAGUAGUCGAGAAACAAAUGGUUGUGGUUAGGAGGUCCAGUCGUGUCGCGAACAAGCCUGCUCCUUUCUUUAAAGAAGUUGUUCUUGAUCGAGUGGUGAUACCAAGAAGGAUUUCCAAGGCAAGAGAUUUGUCAAACCGGGUGUAUGCUACUGAUGAAGCCAGGGCAAAGGCUAUGGAGAAAGCAGAAAAGUUACAAUCUGAUUUAGGAUCUGACUAUCCGAUCUUUAUAAAAUCAAUGCUUCAAUCCCAUGUUACUGGUGGAUUUUGGCUGGGUCUUCCAGUCGACUUCUGCAGAAGGACCCUUCCAAGGCGAGACGAUGUCAUCACUUUGAUAGAUGAAGAGGCAGAUGAGUAUCAAGUUAUAUAUUUAGCACGAAAGAAUGGACUAAGUGGUGGAUGGAAAGGGUUUGCCGUUGCUCAUGGACUGCUAGAUGGAGAUGCUGUGGUUUUUCAGUUAAUCAAGCCUACAACAUGCAAGGUGGUAUAUAUCAUAAGGGUGAAUGGUUCGGAACAGGGCAAUAGUGUUUGAGUUUUCUUAAUGUGGAAUCGGAUGCAGCCAAAUUAAUUUAGGUAACUGUCUUGAAAUGCAUGUCAAAAUUUGAUUUCUUUAUUGUUGCUCCACUUUAUUUUUGUUCAUCAAGCAUGUGACGAUGGAUGCCAAAUAAUUGGCCACUUGUUUAGACGGAAUCUUGAUGUGGAUUUAUAUAUUUCUCUUGUAAUAGUACUGAAGGCUUAGAGUAGAGAAUUUGCAAUUAGAAAUUUGGUUAAGUGUCCCAAGAUAGAAAGGACAAACAAAAGAUAAACACGUGUUUGGCUUAAGAGACAGUCAUGAACAUAAAAUAAAUGUUUCUAUGAUAGCUUUGGAAUGAAUUUCUAUGUUUUCAAAAUAAAAGAUACAGAGAAACGUGUCCCUUUUGUCCCUAUUAUCUUCGUUUCAAGUUAGCACCGAAACACGACGCUAAAUCACUCAUAAAAUUUCUAUGUUGGGUCCUUGCAAGAUGAGCACAAUGAGAAUUUGGUUCAUUUGCGAACCCCUCCAACUAUCAAACCGGAUGGAGUUCUUGGUCAAAUCCUUUUCGACGUCUGCAUUCCCAAGAAUGUUCAAGGUUGGGAUUUAAGGUCAGCAGCUUCCUUGAGCAGACACCCAUUUAAUCCCACCCGAAGGCAUGCUCCAUUUAAUCCAAUGAAAUGCAUACGCCGUUCAAGACUGUAACAGCUCUCCAAUGAAAUGCAUGCGCAGUUCAUGACCGUAACAGCUCUCACUGACAACCUAGAGGCGAGAUUGCUCGUGUGAAUGUGCAAGAUUCAAAUUAGGUGUUAAGCCUGGCUUUGAGGUUUCCAAAGAGGCAAUGCUUUCUUCAUCCUAAAAGAAUAAACGUGGGAGCGAGGGGGUUUGAGCUUUGAGGUGUAUUAUCUGUAAACCUCCUUGUCUCCUGACGAAGUGUACAGUAAUUUUAUUUGCAACACUUACUUUGGAGUCUCCUGUGGAAACAAGUAGAUUUUGUGAAAUGUAAAUCCACUAAUUCCCGAA